AUGACAGAUACUAUCUACACGUCGUCCUACCCAUCUGUCCCCAUUUGUUCUCGUUCUAUCUUCACUCAUAUUCUUGGUGUCUCUUCCUCUUCCCCACGGGGCACAGUCGGUGGCUUCCCCGCUUCAUCACCCGCAUUCAUAGAUGCUCUUUCCGGUACAACAAUUUCUCGCGGAAAACUUCGCUCAUAUGCUCUUCAGUUAGCAUUCUCCCUUCAUAGGCUUCCAUCACCGCUAGAGAACCACACCAAGACAGUGCUCAUUUUCUCUCCCAAUUCAAUCACAUGGCCUGUCAUGAUGUUGGGUGCGGUAGCCGCUGGCUUCUGCGCGACGCUUGCAAACAGCGGAUACACGUCGAAUGAACUAAAGUAUCAAUACAUUGAUGCAGGGGCUCAUCUUAUAUUCGUCCACCCUUCGUUGGUUGGGACGGCCCGGACCAUGCUAAGAUCCCUUGGAUUAUCUGAGCAGGAAAUACGGAGCCGUGUCAUCGUGGCUGAAGUUCAGUGGAUCACGGGUAUCAAGGACGCAUCUAUUCCAGAUGACCAGCUGAAAGACCUCGUGACUAUAUCGCAACUACUUGGUCGCGGAGAGCUCAAAGAAGAAGUCAGCUUCGACGGCGAACGGUCAAACGAAACUGUAUAUCUCUGCUAUUCCUCUGGCACAACAGGUCAACCAAAGGGUGUCGAGACCACCCAUUACAAUCUCAUCUCCGUCCUCGAGAUAAUCAAACCGGUCUGGCCCAAUUCCAAGCCAUGUCUUACUCCGUCCAUCCCUGUACAAGGUGGUGUAGAUGUGUUCUUUGGGUGUCUGCCCUAUUAUCACAUCUAUGGCGGAGUCAAACUUCUCCUUUUGCCGUUAUUCUUGGGUGUUCCUGGGGUUGUCAUGGCAGGGUUUGACCCUGAUGGCUUCUGUGCCGCUAUCGCAAGAUACCGCGUGACAGUCGGCUUUGUUGUACCUCCAAUGCUAGUAGUAUUUGCCAGACACCCAGGCAGGUCUUCUUCCUCAUUCUUUCUCGCAUCACCGCUUAAAUUCCAGAAACAUGACCUCACCUCCCUCACGGUUCUCUUCUCAGGCGCCGCACCCCUCGGCGCCGAGCUUGUUUCGACCGUCAUGAAGCGCAUGAAAAGCGUUGGCGCAGAUGUGAGUAUUCCACAAGGCUAUGGUCUCACCGAGACCUCACCGACGGUAUUCCUCCUCCCUGUUUCUGACGCCAGUAGUCAUAUUGGGGCAGCAGGAGUACUUCUCCCAAACUUGGAGGUCAGGCUUGUUGGUGAAGCUGAAGGCGAAGCUCAUACAGAUAUCCCAGGCGCUGGUGAGGUAUGGGUGAGAGGGCCAACGAUCAUGAAGGGAUACCUAAACAAACCUACUGCAACUGCUGAAGCUAUUACGCCUGAUGGAUGGUUCAAGACUGGUGAUAUCGGCGUACGGGACAAGGAUGGGUUUUUCACAAUCGUGGACCGGAGAAAAGAGUUGAUCAAAUAUAAGGCGAGGUUUCCAAGGUUUCCUCCCGCCGAGCUGGAGUCAGUGCUAUUACAGCACGCUGAGAUUGCAGACGCGGCUGUAAUCGGGAUUGAGAGUAAGGAGGAAGCGACGGAAUUGCCUCGCGCAUAUAUAACACCUUCCCGCCCACUUUCACCCCAGGAAGCAUCUUCAUUCGCACUAAGUGUCCAAAAUUGGGUUUCACAACGUGUAGCGUCACACAAACGACUGAGGGGAGGAGUUGUCAUCAUCGACACGAUACCGAAAAGUGCUGCUGGAAAGAUCCUUCGUCGUGAACUUCGCGAGCGCGCGAAGACUGAUGUUGCUGAGGGACAAUUGAAACCUCGUGCAAAGCUCUAG